AUGGCAUUUAACUUUUACUUCUCUUCAUCAUCAUCCAAACACAUUCUGCAUCGAACUGCAAAAGAAAGUCAAGACCCAGAAUGCGUUCGAGAUCGAAAACAAGAUCAAGGACGAGGUCCAAACCUUCUCAGUCAGAGGAACAAAUUUAUCUGGAAGAAAAAGACCCCAGAAUACCUUAGAUCCAACGAUGGACCAUUACUUUCAGGAGCUGCAGAUAUUCUGGCAUCAAUAUUCCCUGAUGCAACAAGAAGAUCACGAUCAAAAACCAAGUCUAGAUCACGAUCAAAAACAAGAUCUAGAUCGACUUCCCGAUCAGAAAGAAAUGACAGAACGAGAUCACGAUCGACGACAAGGUCAAGAUCCAGAACGAGAUCCAGAUCAAGGUCCAGACCUUCUCUGUCAGCACCAGGGGUAAGAAGGGAAAGUUUGGCUGAAAAUACUAUCCCAGAAAAACAGCAUGAGCGAAGUUUUGGUAUUGAAAACACCGUUGCUAGGAGUAACAGUGGAUUCCCCAUAUCAGAAGCAAAAUUUCAAAGGAGAGUUUUGCAGCUAUUAACCGAAAUUCGUAACUCGGUUGCCCAAGUGGGAAAAAGAUGUUCUCCUGCCAAUUCUGCAGUUCAUAUCGAUCAGGCAACGAGCUUGGAGGAACUGAUCGCAUUAGAAAGCAGCCUUGCUGAUAAAGACACCAGAGAUGUAUUGUUAUCACGAAUCAUUGAUAUCGGAGGACUGAACGUCAGAGAGAAUGUCCGCAAUGUAAUGCACAGAUUGAUGAAUAAUGAAGUUAUGGCAUCAAUGAACAUGAAGGGAAAGGGUUCGAAAUAUGCGUUUGGGUCUACCAAAGUAUUUCAAGCUGUUGUAGGUAUGUGAAACUGUUCUCUUUGUGGUGUAUGUUUCUGCAAUAUAUAUAUACCGCAUUCGUAAGAAUUUUUCAAGUAAACGUUUGCUGUUUUGUUGUAUCUACUUCAU